UCUUGUUCCUUCUAUUCUCUAUCUAAUCCAUUUGCCUUUGCUGUGUUAGUCGCAUUGCAAUGGCCAAUACAAUGACAACAACGGGUUUUCUUACCCGACCCAUGUCAUCAUUUCACUUCCAUUCCCCUCGCUGCUCCAUUUCUUCCACACCCAAUUCGCUAAAAGCAGCUUUUGCAGUUCCUAGAAGAAAAGCAAUAUCAUUAAUCUUAUCAUCAACAUACAUUCUCUCCGACAUUGGUACAGCAUUAGCACAACAACCUCGUGUGUUUCGUGAAUAUGUUGAUACAUUUGAUGGUUAUUCAUUUAACUAUCCAUCAAAUUGGAUUCAAGUACGAGGUGCUGGUGCUGAUAUUUUCUUCAGGGAUCCUUAUAUUCUUGAUGAAAAUAUAUCUGUUGAAGUUUCUUCGCCUUCUUCCUCAAAAUUCAAGACUGUUCAAGACUUGGGUUCGCCUCAACAAGCUGGAAAGAAAGUUCUUGAUCAGUAUCUUACUGAGUUUAUGUCCACUAGACUUGGUGUUAAACGUGAAUCUAAUAUUCUCUCCACUUCUCAGAGAAUUGCUGAUGAUGGCAAAUUGUACUAUCAAGUUGAGGCGAACAUAAAGUCAUAUGCCAGUAACAACGAGCUUGCUGUUAUGCCACAAGACAGGGUGGUGCGUUUGGAAUGGGAUCGGAGGUACCUGUCUGUUCUAGGAGUUGAAAACAAUCAACUCUAUGAGUUGAGAUUACAAGUGCCAGAAAAUGUGUUUUUGGAAGAGGAAAGUGAACUUCGUCAAGUCAUGGCCUCGUUCCGAGCGAAUAAGGUUGUUCGUUAGAACUAGAAUGUUGUAAAUCAAAAGGGUGUGUCCUUGUCUGUUUUUUUUUUUUCUUUAGUCGGUUGAGUUUGUUGCAAUAAUCUCAAGUCAAUUACUGUUGUUAAUGAUGGUAGCAGUUGAAGUCCAGCUUGACUAACUGUACAAAUGCAGCAAAGUUUGAAUUGAGACGGUGAUGAAAAUGAUGAUUCAUUCAUUCACCUUCUAUUCUUGACCAGUUUUGUUAUAAGCCCAACAACUUAUAAGAUUAAUAUGCGAUGGUCAUUAUAGAAGCUCAUUUUUCAUUA